AUGCAGGGCAGGCCACAGUAUGCUAGUAAGAUAUUGGAGAAGCCGAGCCGAGAGAGACGGACGCGAUACCCCCGGCCCACCAACCCCAAACAACUCGCCCCCUCCUCCAAUCCUCCGCACAGCACGGAGCGGAACGACGCAGGUCUGGAGGAGGAGGAGCGACACGGAGCGACACAGCCUAAGGGAAAGAAGGCUAAGGGGAAGAAGGUGGCACCAGCCCCUUCCGUGGCCAGGAAACAUGAGGCCAAAAAAGUAGUCAACCCCCUCUUCGAGAAGAGGCCAAAAAACUUUGGCAUCGGUCAGGAUAUCCAGCCCAAGCGUGACUUGACCCGCUUUGUGAAAUGGCCUCGUUACAUCCGCCUGCAGAGGCAGCGCUCCAUCCUCUACAAGCGUCUGAAGGUUCCCCCUGCAAUCAACCAGUUCACCCAGGCUCUGGACCGUCAGACCGCCACACAGCUGUUCAAGCUGGCCCACAAGUACAGGCCAGAGACAAAGCAGGAGAAGAAGCAGAGGCUGCUGGCCCGUGCUGAGCAGAAGGCUGCUGGAAAGGGAGACACCCCGACCAAGAGGCCCCCUGUCCUCCGUGCUGGGGUGAACACUGUCACCUCUCUGGUGGAGAGCAAGAAGGCCCAGCUCGUCAUCAUUGCCCACGAUGUGGAUCCAAUUGAGCUCGUCGUCUUCCUGCCCGCUCUGUGCCGUAAGAUGGGUGUCCCCUACUGUAUUGUGAAGGGCAAAGCUAGACUGGGCAGACUGGUGCACAGAAAGACCUGCACUUCAGUCGCCUUCACACAGACCAACCCUGAGGAUAAAGGUGCACUUGCCAAGCUUGUGGAAGCCAUCAAGACCAACUACAAUGACAGAUAUGAGGAGAUCCGUCGUCACUGGGGGUGGUAUCAUGGGCCCCAAAUCCACAGCCCGCAUUGCCAAGCUGGAGAAGGCAAAGGCCAAGGAAUUGGCCACCAAGCUUGGUUAAACUGUUUGGAAUAAAAAAAUAUGUGUCCUAAAA